AGCUUCAACCAAUCAUCUUUCCUGGGAAAACCGGAGGGGGCGUGCUAAUUAGCCCGGAACCAAUCCGUGGCCGAGGCAAGGACAACAGGGGAGGGAUAUGUUUUCGCCAUUCGGAAGCGCUUGAAGGCGGGCCUGCCAGUCUGUGGACGGCUACGGCGCCAUGAACAUCUUGCCCAAGAAGAGCUGGCACGUCCGGAACAAGGACAAUGUUGCUCGCGUGCGCCGUGAUGAGGCGCAGGCUCGGGAGGAGGAGAAGGAGCGUGAGCGGAAGGUGCUGCUCGCUGAGCAAGAGGCCCGCACAGAACUGCUCCGGAAGAAAGCCAGGCAGCAGAAUCCACUGCCCGCGCUCCAGGCAGCAGAGGCGGGAGCUCCAGGUUCCGGUCCCGUGGACCUGUUUCGGGAGCUGCUGGAGGAAGGAAAAGGGGCGGCCGGAGGAAACAAAGAGUACGAGGAAGAGAAGCAGCAGGAGAAAGAGAGACAAGAGAAAGCCCUGGGCAUCCUCACCUAUCUGGGCCAGAGUGCAGCGGAGGCCCAGACGCAGCCACCCUGGUACCAGCUCCCCCCGAAGCGCGGGGCCCUCGAGCUGGGCCCAGGGCCAGAUGAGAAGAUGAAGAGUCGCCUGGACCCGUUGUGCGAGAUGCAGAAGCAUCUGGGGAGGAAGAGGAAGCACGGCCGAGAAGAAAGCAGCCUGGCCCGGAAGGGGAGGAAGGAGGGGCCCAAGGAGCCCCCAUCACUGGACCGGCUCCGCGCUGAGCGUCUCCGGCGGGAAGCAGCAGAGCGGGCUCGGGCAGAGGCCCUGCUGGCCCGGGUCCAAGGCCGGGCACCCCAGGAGGACGACAAAGAGGAAGAGACAGAUGAUCGGCGCCGGCGGUACAACUCCCAGUUCAACCCCCAGCUGGCCCGGCGCCCCCGCUGGCAGGGUGCCCCUCUUUCGCAGUGACUCGAGGGGGUACAGGAGAGGCUGCUGCUGCCAGCCGUCAUAUAAAACUAUUUAUUCAUAAAUAUUUUCCAAAAUGAAAA